AUGAAAAUCCAAGAAGCCAUCCUAGGAUGGGCAUAUUCCACCUUCUGUAUGAUUUCAUACACUGCAGCUUUCUCUCAUGGUGCAAGCCUUGUGGCUUGUGUUGAUAUGAAGCCUAGACACAUCAGAGCCCAACUUCAGAAUCCAAGGAACAGUUAUGUUACCAUCUAUACCAACGUGUCCUCUUACUCUCCCGGUGACAAAGUACCAGUGACCGUGAGGAGCCGUGGGGACUUCAUGGGAUUCCUUCUCCAGGCUCGCAGAGUUUCUGAUGACCAAAUUGCCGGCACCUUCGUUUCCAUCCCUUCUGGGUCCAAAUUGAUGUCCUGCUUUGAAGGAGCCAAUACGGUGACCCACUUGGACAAAUCCCCAAAGAGAAAUCUGUCCUUUGUGUGGAAGGCACCACAGCAACCCACUGGGGACAUCAAGUUCUUUUUAUCAGUAGUCCAGUCAUAUUUCAUUUACUGGGAAAGGAUUGAAUCAACCAUCGUGUCUCAGCAGACACAAAACAGAACACUUUCUGAUGGCAACAUGGAGCCAGCUGCAAGCCUGUGGAAACCAAAUGGCCUAGAAGUCACAACCACAGUUCCUAGUAUCACUCUUGCCCAGCAUACCCAGCCAGUGGCAUUUGCUGUUGUCAGCCUGGCUGGUACAUCAGUGACAGACAGCUUGGAGUCUGCUCUCGUGACCACGGAGACUCCUGGAGAUGAGGAGCAUCUUCUGAAUCCUUCUCCUCUUGGUGACAUGGCGGCAGGAGCCAGAGGCAGUGACCAGGGAGGGCAGCCUGACCAGGAUGGCCCCCACCCAGACAGGGACCAGACUUCAGAGCCAUCCCUGGCUGUCCCAGUAUUGGAGAACUUCCCAUUCCAGGAUGACGGCUCCAGUCGCAACCCACCCAAUCGGACUCGCGGUGACUCCGAGCCGCCCUGCCCGCGCUGCGAGGAGGGGGAGCAGGUAAGAGCCCCGCGCCGUCCCGGAGGUCGGACCAAUGGGCCCAUGAAAUACGCGUGCCCCGGGCUUGCUGUCCCUUACCGGGGGCGCCGAGAACACGGGGCACAGUGUUCUCGCUCACGUCUAUCACAAGCUGCAGGGAGACGGAAUGGUCCCCUUGCUCGGGCCCGGCACCCAGAGUCAGCUAAAAGCUUCCAGGCGGCUCGGAACCCGCCACGGUUGUGGGGGAGGCUCUUAGAGGCCCCAGCUUGGGCCUGCUCCCGACCUCCGGAGCCUCGGCGGGGACCCCUCCAUAGCCACUCGGCGCAGACCCACGGAGAGCCGGGCGGGCCCGCGGAAAAUGGCGCAGGGAGCCUCCGGGGCGCGCUGACUCUGCCUCUCUCUUCCUUGCCGCUGCUCCUGAAGGAGAGGCCCGAGGCUUCCGGGCCGCCUCAGACCGGGCCUCCCGGAGCCCCCCCGACCGCGCGCCUCUCCUCCUCGCGGCCCGGCGGGGCGCCCCCCGACUCCCGCGGAGGCGCUGAAGCCCCCGCGGCCUGGGAGCGGCCGGCGCCGAGGCUCUCGGGGCUUCCCGAGGCCCAAGGCGGGGCUGGGGAGCGCGGCGCCCGGCGGGCCGAGGCGGGGCGGGAGCCUGGCGGGCCCGGCCUGCGGAGCGCCCGGCGGGGCGUCCUGCUCUGCCUUUCGGCCACCCUCGGGCUGGCUCUGGCCGCCGGCCUGCGGCGCCUCCGGGCCCGGCCCUGCCGCCGCCGGGGGACCCGGGGGUCUCUGCCGGAGCCCGACGUCCCCGCCGAGAGAGACGGGGAGAGACACUGCGCUUGCAGAGGGUCCGGGAGCGCAGCGUCGGGGCUAGUCAGGCCGAGUACAACUGGACCGCCCCCCGCGGGGGCUCGGAGAGCCGCGGCCUGAACCCGCGACCCCCCCCUCGGCCCGGGGGGCUUCUAGUUCUGGCCCCGCCCCCCAAGUGCCGCCCACCAGCGCAGGGAACCGGGCAGCGUUCCUGAGGGAGGGUUGGGUGCCGAGAAAUGGCCGCCCGGCGGAACACGCGGGCCCAGCGUCGCCAGCAGAGGGGCUUCCUUCAGAUACUUGUCUGCUUCCCGCCUGUGAUUUACCCCCCCUCCCCCUGCAAUUAGAUGGCUCUGUUUGAAGAAUUAAACCCAACGCGAUGAAUAUUGUAUGACCUGCUCAUUAACCGGGCUCCUGCGAGCGCCCAGCGGCGAUACAAGCGCUCCCUCUCCGGUGUCACAGCCGUUCCUCUCUGCUCUCCGGAACCAGGCCCGGGGGGCCCGGGGGGCCCGGGGCUGUGUGUCUCUGUCAGGAAAAGGCGCUGACCUCCGCACUGCGGCCUUGGCUCUGGUGCCCCUUUCCUGGGAGUCCGCCCCUCACCCCGCCAGACACCCGGCCGGCAGUUAGUGGUCUUUAAUGGUGGAGCACGGACGCGUGACCUUCUCCUUGCAGACACAGGCCCGGCCGGGCAGCCUCGGCCGUCCCAACACGACACACCUGGGAGCCUCCGGGGCCUGUUAGGGGAUGAGCCAGAGUCCUCGCCCCGCGAGAAGGGGCUCCCCCGGCCCGGCCCGGGGCUCGUCUCUCCGGCC